AUGACUCGCCUCACUGAGUACAUGGUGAUUGGACGCCACCUUCCCACCGAGAAGGAGCCCUCUCCCAAGCUCUACCGCAUGAGGAUCUUCGCCGUCAACAAGUCGGUCGCCGAGUCUCGUUUCUGGUACUUCGUUCGUCAGCUCCGAAAGAUGAAGAAGGCCACCGGUGAGAUUGUUGCUAUGCACGCCGUCCACGAGAAGAAGCCUCUCAAGGUCAAGAACUUCGCCGUCUGGCUGCGAUACAACUCGCGAUCGGGCACUCACAACAUGUACAAGGAGUUCCGUGCUCUUUCGCGUGCCGAGGCCGCCGAGUCGCUGUACCAGGACAUGGCCGCCCGCCACCGUGCCCGUUUCGCCUCGAUCCACAUUCUCAAGAUUGCCGAGAUCGAGAAGAGCGAGGACGUCAAGCGCCCUUACAUCAAGCAGCUCAUGGCUCCCGGUCUCAAGUUCCCGCUCCCCCACCGUCGCCCCCGUCACGUCGGCACCUUCGCCGGCCAGCGCCCCAACACCUUCUACUAA